ACGUGCGCGAUGUGCUGGGCUGGGGCCCGUCGGGACCGCCGAGCCCAGGCGCGUCGCGGGACGUGGUGCGGCGAACAGAUCACCAACCAACGCCGUUCCCCAAUCCGCGAGCCGAGCCCGCCGCGGCGCUGGCCUACCCGACGCUGCGUGCGUCGCACUCGAUCCGCAUGGCCAAGCAUCAAGAGAACCAGGGCUUUGCGCCGAGCUCGCUGCAGUCCGAACGCUACUUCCAGACAAUGCGCUCCGCCUCGACGUCGGCGCUGCCGAACCCGCACGCCAGCGAGUGGUACAACCCGCAUGCGGGGCAGCCACGAGCUGAAGCGCGGAUCGCCGCCAUGCCGCAGCCGCAACAGCCGCUGGGCGCGUAUCCGUCCAUCUCGCACUCGCACGCAGAAGGCCCGGUGCAGGCUGCGUCUCGGAGACUAGGCGCACAGGAUGUGGAGCGCGAGGCGCGGCGCCUGCUUGCCGAGGAGCGCGUGCUUGCGGGACCGCAAGUGUACACUGAAGGCGGCGAGGCGCUGCGCACCGUGCGGAUUCCGUCGGCGCUCAUCAGCCGCUUCGUGGCGCUGGCGGACCCAAACACGCAGCGCAACAUCGAGACUCUUGGGCUUCUCAUGGGCCGGCUCACAAGAGACGUCUUUACCGUCUCACAUCUCAUGGUGCCAAAGCAGACGGGCACGAGCGAUCGCUGCGACACAGUCGACGAAGAGAGCAUCAUCUGCCUCGGCUGGAUCCACACGCAUCCCUUCUACUCGUCCUUCCUCUCCUCGCGCGACUUGCAUACCCACAGCGGCUGGCAGAGCCUGCUGCCCGAGGCGGUGGCCAUCGUGUGCGCGCCCAACUCGGACCCCGCCGUCGGGCUGUUCCGCUUGACCGACCCGCCUGGCCUCAAGACCAUCAUCAACUGUCGAGUGCCUGGCGAGUUCCACCCGCACGCAUCCGCAAGCGGCGAGAGUCUCGCGCUUUACACCGACGUGACGCACGUGGUGCUCGACGGCUCCGCACCGCUCUCGGUCGACGACCUGCGCUAAGGCUUCUCGCGUCUCUCCGCUACCUGGCGGCCAAGAAGAACUUGCGCGCGCACGCUGCGCUGGAGUUCCUGACUCGCCUCUGCUUGACCUGAGGAUGGGCUUGCUUAUCUGCCUUUCGCACUGUUGAGCAUUGCAUGGACAGCAUUGCCGACGGCAGGUCUGCAUCCCUGUCCUCACGGCAAGGCAGAGACGACCAGCUGCGGGUGUGGCAAGCUGGCAGAGGUAGACCUGCCUUGUUUGCACG